AUGUUAAAAUAUAAACAGUAACGAAUAUUGGAAGAUGAUUUUUAACCCUAUAAAUUGAUGAUUUAACAACAUAAAUUGCGUUCAUCUGAAAAAAAGAGACCACUCAGUCGUCCCAGAACAUCAUCUGUAAACAAGCCUCAAGUUGACAUAUUACCUGAAAUUAAAAUUCAAAGUGAAAUACUAACUUAAGCUAUAAAUUCCUUAAGAAAAACUAUUAGCUAGUUUAAGGAAUGA